AUUGUUCUGUUCUGUAUAUCAGCUUCACCGCUCUCUUUGUUAGUCUAGUAUUAUAUCCAUUUUUUUUAAAGCUCUAUACUUUCUUCUCAACUGGUACAGACAAAUUACCGUAAAGUAAAAUAGUUGUCAGAUUAACACUAAUGAAUGUGAGGUAUUAUUACAGCAUUAAAGCUAUUGGGUAAUAGUAAUAGACCUCUUUAUUGAAUGUAUAUCUAUUCUAUGUCUAAACUCUAUGCUUUCCAAUAACAUUAUCGGUCUGCUCAACCUCGUCUUCACUUCAACCGUCUGCACAAGGUGCACAAGUCCAGGUCUGUAAGUGCCUACCAUGUAAUGGUGAGCGCUGGCUAGUGAAGCCGUUUCAUGAAACCAACCAAAACUAACAAAGGACCAAAUCAACAGGAGAUCGCUCCAGGGAUGCUAUGUUGUGGAGGGUCAAAGACAGGCAAGAGGAACCGGAAACCGGAAGAUGACGGCCAUGACACGGUAACUACUUGUAUAGACGAGUACAGACCAAUCACGUGCGACAGUCUUAAGUUAGUCCAGAUACAGAUUGUCUUCCGACACGGGGCUAGAACACCGCUGAAUUUCAUACGAGGUUUAGAAGAGGCGACCUAUGACGCAUCGCUCGAGGACGACCUGCCCGAGACGGAUUUUGAAUUGCAUGUGGUCAAGUUCGCUGACGGAACACCUGCUGGUAAAUCAGUCAUGGAACCGGACCUAAGAGCCAGAAAACUAAAAGGAGGCGCACAUGCUUCUAUGCUGACCACUGUAGGCCAAAGACAGAUGUACGACCUUGGACUGAUCGUGCGAGAGUUUUAUCUUCCGGAGCUGGAAUUAAAGUACUUCUCCCCCAGAGAUGUUUUUAUCCGGUCGUCGCACAUUGAACGGACAAUCAAGUCGAUAAAAUGUCUUUUGGCUGGGAUGUUUGGCAAAGAAAAUAUGAAUAAAUACGGUCCCGUGAAGCUUCCGGUCAAACACAUGUUUGAAGAAGACAUAUUUCCCAACAAGUUGGCGUGUCCGGCCUUACGACUUAUAGUGGACAUGACCCUUGCGACGAUAGACGGCUUGCCAGGUUUUAAGCAGGAUCGCUACACCCUCUGUAAAGCUUUAGGAAUACCGACAAAUUCAGACAUGGACUUUGCAUGCCUCCGUGACGACAUAGUUUCCAGAAUAACCCAUGGUGCCGAGUACCCGGCCCCACUGGUACCUUACAAAAAAAUGAUAGAAGACAACGCAGCCAGGACGAUACACGCGGUCUACGCAGGCCGUGCAGGUGCCCGUGGUCGUCAUGACGUCACAAGACUGUCCAUUGGUCAACUUCUGUACUCCAUUCUCUUCAACAUUGAGAACCGAGCUGAAGAUAAAAUGUCUCAGAAAGUUUUUCUCUACUCCGGACACGACACGACUUUGGCACCCAUGCUGGUGGCGCUGGGGAUAUGGGACUUUCGUUGGCCGCCCUUUGCAGCCAACAUCAUCUACGAGCUGUACAAGCAGAGCGACACCUCAGAAUAUUACGUGCGGGUGCUCUACUGCGGGGAGCCCAAGAAGAUUGGCCAGCCUCCUCGUAUCCUAGUCCCGCUGGAUGAGUUCAGACGGUCUAUACAUCCUUAUUUAAUUAUGCCAGGGGAAUAUGUUCAGGCGUGUACUCUCCAAAAUCUAGAAUGAAGAGCCUGACCUACAUUAGGAAACUCCGCAUAAAGGUUUGCAAAACAGUGAGACUUGUCUUCUACAGAAUCUGGCCUCUAGCUAAACUAAUUGGUUCAUCUGACGACUGCAUUAUGAAAUGUAAAAGUAUCAUAGCUUUCUCGAGCUUAUUUAGCUCUCAUAUGUGUAUAUGUUAAAUUAUGACGUAAUAAAAAGCCAUUUUUGACAUAUCUUUGUUAUUGAGCUCUAAUAACAGUUUUUCUGCUACAUACGUUUAGGUGAAAAGCUUGGACUACUUUAGAACAUCUUAAAGACAGGGAUGAAUAUUAUAAAUGUUAUAUUUUAUUACAUGAAUACCAAAUAAAAAAUAAUAUUAGGUGCGUGGCCUAAAAUACAGGUUUGAUCCAAACUUAUAAACAUAUAUUGAAUUUUUAAAAAUUAUGUAAAUAUUUUACUAAUAUUUAUCUGUAUGCGAGUCUGGUGAAUGUCACUGUUUGUAGAUAUAUAUGUGUGUGUGUGUGUGUGUGUGUGUUUUUGAAUGAAUGUGCGCGUAUGUGUGUGUAGGUGUGGUUAAAUUAAGAAAAUUAAAACAUUUUCUAGCAGAGGAAAGAGUAAGGGGCAAUUUUAAAAAAAAUUAAAGUAAAGAAUGUGUAUGUGUGCAUUUUUAAAAUCCUCUUUACAUUGUAUUCGUUUGAAUUCGACUUAUAUUUUUAUUUGACAUAUCUGUGCUGUAAUAAUUUAAACUUAUUUUUAUAUAUAAAUAAAUAAAAAAAUUAUAUAA